AUGCACAUCUCUAGACAAAAUUUAUUUUUAUUGCGAAUUAAUGGCGUAGCCAGCACCAUGUCGACCCUAACGAAAAUGACCCGCACGGUUAAAAAACUUGAGGUGCCCAGACCCCUAAAAUCGACAACCAGUUCCGCACACAACCGUAACUCUGUAUUGGAUGUGAAAAUUAAUUCUGUUGAUGAUUUAAUAGUGUUGACGGAAGGUGUGGCUUACCAGAUGAUGCAGGGCAAUUUUGACCGUGCUCUUCAGAGCAAUGUAGCUACUAUGUACUCUAACCUAAAACUCUAUGGUGCACAACUUGAAGCCCUAUAUAAGGACUUUCUUGAUAGGUAUUUUGUUGUGUUCCGUAAUGGUUCCCAAGAUGAAAGGUUAGAUAAAAAGACUAGACUCCAUCUUCUCGAGUUAAUAGAGCUACGUGCUAAGCAUUGGCAAGGAUCUGAUUACAUGAGCCAAUAUUAUAGGCAUCGUGGCACUCAUGCUGAGCCACUAUUAGUUCCAACAAUGGAAGGGUCUGGGUCAGGUGGCUCGGUAUCACCAACGCUGGCUGCGCCUGCCGAGCCACCUACCUUGCUAGGCCCCGGUGAAGUUAUCAAGACUUCUGGUAAAUUUCCUAAGCCAACAAAAAUACCUGGCAAGAAUUAUUCCAAGGAUGAGGUUGUCAUUAGAAAUGCUGAUUCUGGAAAAGUGAUGGGUAUCAAGGGCAGACGGGUGCACAUGAUUGAGGAGAUAAGUGACACGAUUAUAUCAUUUCAGCGAGUGAGUCCUGGUGCCAAGGAGAGGCUUGUGCAAAUCACGGGUCCAAAUGAAGAAAAUGUUAACCACGCGAAGCAUUUGAUUGGGGAUACUAUUCGCCGCAAUGCGUCGCCAGUGAGGCUGGAAGGAACAUUGGAUGGCGCGCUAGCUGGUUCACGAGCUUCUCUUGACUCUAACGGUUCUGACGACGCGCCGCGUAUUAGCACGCGUGAGAAAUCUCCUCACAACAACACUCGAGCCUUACUCCAUAGCUUCUCCACAAAUGAUGCAGCACUCGGAGAGUAUAAGUAUACUGUGACUUUUGGCCAACAUUCCAUUAAGAUCACGGGUAACAAUUUGGAUCUUGUUAAAACUGCGAAACUGGUGCUGGACGAGUACUUCGAGAGCGCGGGCGCGCUUGAGGCGUUGGGCGCGGGCUCGGGCGACUUCUUCACGCUGUCGCAGCGGCCCGGCGCCGCGCUGCUGCUGCGCGACGACGCGCUCAACGGCGACGACGACGUGUUCGCGCCCGCGCUCCGCGCUGACGACGCGCCAGCGUCGUGCGGGGGCGGGGCUGGGGGCGCGGGGGAGGGUGAGGCCGCGCCGCGCCGCCCGCGCUUCUCGCGUGCCACCAGCACUGACAAGUACCAAGGUGGUGGGGGCGCGCGGCAGACGUACACGUACGAGACGUUGGUGCAGUACGCGGACUCGCCGCUCAGCAAGCUGCCGCCCGCCGGCCUGGCCGGCUUUCCGCCGGAGCUGGCGCGCAAGAGUUGCCUGGAGUUCGACAGCGUCAGCUAUUUGAAGAAGGUGCGCGGUGCGGCCGCCACUACUGUCGUCGCUCUGGACGCGCCAGAUUCGCCUGAACCUGAAUAG